AUGCCCAAGGCCCACAGCGUGCUCGUCCUGGCGGGGCUCCUGGCUCUCUGGGCAGAGCUGCCUCCAGCAUCCGCCCAGAAUGUCACCAUGAAAGCCGGUGUGUGCCCGGACCCAGCGACGGAAGCAGUGAACUGCACGGUGGGGUGCCAGUCCGAUGGCGACUGCGAGAGCACCCUCAAGUGCUGCCCGGCGGCCUGCGGCAAGGCCUGCCAGAAGCCCGACGAGAAGCCCGGCACCUGCCCGCCCGUCAGUCCGGGGAUCCCCAUGCUGGGCGUCUGCACGAACCAGUGCAAGACAGACUCCAACUGCUCCGGGAGCCAGAAGUGCUGCAGGAACGGCUGUGGCAAGGUCUCCUGCGUGACGCCCCUCCACUGA